AUGGAGAAAUCGAAGUCGCUGGGAUCACGGCUAGGCUCAGCGCAAGAUGUCCAAGCCAGAAAGGCCCUAGCAACCCAGGCAUUCUGUUCGUUGUACGCACUCUUCGACAAGCAUCAAUCUACCUCACUACUGCUUAGAGUUGCGCUGUACAAUACCUAUGUGAAGCCAGUGCUGUUGUACAACUGUGCGACAUGGGGUCUCACAAAUGCCACCACCGGAGAGAUUGACACCUUUCAUCGAAGGCAUCUGAGAACAAUGGCUGGCGUUAAGUUCCCGAACACAAUUACCAACAAGCAUCUGUACGACAUCUGCGGCUCAGCACCAAUUUCGCUCGAGAUUGACCAACGGCGUUGGGAGUUCCUUGGUCACCUACUGAGAAUGCAGAAGAGCUCUCCCCCACAGGGCGUGUUAGAGUUUUCAGCCACCGCGAGCCUGCGCGGUCGACUCAGCCGACCCAGGACAACUCUCCUCUCAGCUCUUUCUCAGGACUGCCUAGCUCGACUCGGCAUUCGCCUGGGCACGCUUAGAGGCCUUAAUCAGCUGCGGCAGUUGGCAGGGGAUAAGUCACGGUGGAAUGGCACCCCGCGGCACUCAUCUUCCUCUGCCGAGCCGCGUCCUUGA